AUGAAUUGUUGCAAGAAAGGUUAUAAUGAGAUUACUUUUAGUGCCCUGAAAAGAAUGAAUCGCGUUCUACCUUUAUUAGUUCCCGAAGAAAAAGUAGACUACUCGGUCCCAGGUUCUCGUCGAGAAUCUUUGCUGGAAUCUCGCAGAGAGUCCCUAGUUGGAUCGGCGAGAGAGAAGAGAAGGGCUUCACUAGCCAAUAGACGUCAAAAUACCCUGAAAAGGCAUGCCAGUGCUGAGGAAAUCGACUCUAACAAGUCGAAGCAGUUUGAAGACAGCAGCGAUGAAGACACCAAC